AUGAGCGGCAAAGACUUUGAGCGGCUGUUUCAAGAUUUUGAAGCAAGGACAGAAUAUUUGAAAUGCAGCCAUGCGGCUGCCUCAUCAGCAUCUGGCAGUCGGGUUGAAUUAUCCCAAAAGGUCAUUGACCAAUUUGUGGCAGGGUUGGGGGGCAUGAGUUUGAACGCUUCUCGGGCUCAGCGGCUGUUCACGUUGAUUUCCGGCAGCCCUUUCGAUGAAGGAAAGCAGUUGACUACCGCUAUCGAUGAAGCUGUCAACCGGGGACUAUCAGAUGACACUCCUAGUCAAACACCACGGAACACAGACAAAAGUGUCCAACAUGCCUUUUUCCAGCACUACCUGACCGAAAAAGAUUGGGAAACGUUGCAGGCCCCAGGGAUGGAUGUCAAUACCAAGAUCAGGGUCCUGGUGAAAAGGUGCCAAGCUUUGAGGAUGAGACACAUUUGUGAGGACACAGCACGGCGCAUCUGUUGUGUCUUAACUUUGUCGGGGGACAGCCGCAUGUGUGCAGCCCAAGUUGAUCCUUUUGAGUUUUAUGGCCUACUUGGGGACUUCAAGGUGAUGUUGAGGUUUGCUUGGAAGAACAGUUCCGUCGAACCUGUUACUUUGAAAUCAUUUCCAGCAGAUCCUACAAAACUCAAACCGGAUUUGUUCUCCAGUGCAUAUCAUCGUGAUGAACCACCAGUCCGGAGUAAGCUUGAUGAAGGGAUUCUGUUAGAAAUGGUGUCUACACUUCCAGCUCGGAACACCCAUGGGACUUUGAAAGGGGGUUGUGCUAGUGGCUCCAAGAAUCAAGCUACCAUGACCCUUAACAAGUUGAACUCGUUUUUGCAGCGCCUUGAAGGGUUUGGAGGGCAAGACUAUCGGGCGAGGAGGGGUUCUACACGUAUCAAGAUGUUGAAGGGGCAUGAUGAAGAGGAAUUUGAAGAACAGCAUCCUACGCGUCGGCGGAAACCUGAACCUUUGCAGAUCGAGUAUACCCCUAGAGAAGGAAGCAGCACACCUGCCGAACCUCCGGUACCGAGCCAAAAGACGACCGAACCAGCACCUGCAAUGCCUGAUAUGCCUGAUGAGAAGUCAAAAUCGAAAAAGGGUGAAGAAGCGACAAAAAAGGCAUCGAUUUGCGAUAUGGCAAGCUCCAUGCUCAAAGUGCUUGGUGAAGAGGGUUUGUCGAAGGAUUUAGAGUUGCCCAAGAAGGGAUCCCAACCGAAAUCCAAAAGUCUUCCAAAGCCAAAGUCCAAGACUGGGUUGAAGAUUACCAAGUGCAGUGCAGCUACCAAACCCAAGCCGCAGCCUACUAUCUCGUGUUCGAAGAACAAGCCACCGGGGUUUCCAGGAACCAAGAGACAGCCACCAAUUCGUUGGGGAUCUUGCACAAUCUACACAUCAGACACCAAAUGGCGUGUCAAGUUGAAUGCAGGGGACCGUUUGGAUGUACCUAAGCCAUUUACUGACCAACCCAAAAAGGGCUGGCAGGAAGUCAUCAAGCUCUGCAAAGAGAGGGGCACUUUUGAGAAAUGA